AUGGUGAUAUUUAUGAAGAAAAUUAUAAAUUCCAAUAAACACAAAGUUGCAGUUGAGAAAUCAAAAGUUGAAUCAAUUAAAAUUGUAACACAAGAAGCCACUCGUGACUCAGGUUAUGUCAAUAAUUCUGAUCAACUAAAUAAACAACAACAACAACAACAACAACGUGUUGACAAAGUUCACAAUCAAGACAACAUGUUAUCAAAAAGAAGAAAAAAAUCAGUUGAUGAAAUUCAUUCCAAGAAGAUGUUUAAAGCAGAUAACAAAAAAAAUAACUGUGAUGAAUCAAGUUAUGCUAUAAAUAUACAAAUUGCUUCUCCAAAUAAAAACUUAAUUGACAAAUUACAUAUGGCUGAUUUCAUUGAAGAGGAAGAAAACAUAUUUAUAGAAGAAAGUAUAACUAUUAAAGAUGAAAUGUUUUGCUCCAAUAAAGUCAUUGAAAAUGUUGAUCAUCAAAAAAGCACAAGAAUUCGUACUGGAUCACUUGCUCCUAAAAAAUAUAAUUUUUAUACAGAAGGAGAUGAUAAACUAAGCUCUACCACUGACGAAAAUGACCCUGAUAAAAAAACACGUGUAGUUAAAUUGGCACGCGAACAUCCAACUUGGUCAUUAAAUAUGUUAAGAGAACACAGUGGAUGUAAAAAUAUUAAAGACCGGUGUCAGAUUGGAAUGUGGAAAAACCAGAUUGAACGAGGAGGAACCGAAGAAACAUCAUUUAUAGAACAAAGUAUAACUAUUAAAGAUGAAAUGUUGCCAGUUACAGAUGAUUCAAUUGAUGUUGAUGAAAUGAAUAACUCGAACGAUCACUCAAUAGGACCAGUAAUAAAGUCAAAUGGAAUUUCCAAUUUAUUUAAUGGUAAUAAUCAAAAUCGCUCGAAUAAAGUCAUUAAAAAUGUUGAUCAUCAAAAAAAUACAAGAAUAAGUACUGGAUCACUUGCUUCUAAAAAAUAUAGUGUUUAUACAGAAGAAGAUGAUAAACUAAGCUCUCCCGCCGACAAAAAUCAUCUUGAUGCUGAUUGGUUAAGAAAACGUAGUGGAUGUGAAGGUAUUAGACAGCGCAGUCAAGUUGAAGAGUGGAAAAAACAAGGAGGAUCAAUUCGUGAAAAAAUGAAUUUUAUGGAACAAUUUGAUAAACAUCAGCUUGAGACAACUGAUCAAGAAUUGUUUACUGACUCAUUUAAUUUUUGUUGGGAACUUUUGAAAAGUAAAGAAUAUUAUCUCAGUGAACGUGAGACCGAUAUAUUUUCAAAGAUGUCAUUAAAUUAUGGUCAAGACAUGUAUGAUGCCAUGAUGAUAAUUAUCAACAAAAUUAUAAAAUCCAAUGAACACAAAUCAAAAGUUGAAUCAAUAAAAAUUGUAACAGCAGAAGCCACUUGUGAUUCAGGUUAUGAUGAUAAUUGUGAUCAAUUGGAUCAACAACAAAAACAACAGCAAGUUGACAAAGAAAAAAAAUUAUUUACAAAAGACAAUAUAACCACUAAAGAUGAAAUCGUGUCAGAUGAUUUAAUUGAUGUUAGUAAAAUUAAUAUCUGGAACGAUCACUCAUAUGCACUAGAUAUAAAGUCAAAUGAAAUUUCCAACUUUUCUAAAGAUAACAAUCAAAGUCGCUCGAAUGAAAUCAUUGAAAACGUUGAUUAUCAAAAAAACACAAGAAUUCGUACUGGAUCACUUGCUCCUAAAAAAUAUAGUGUUCAUACAAAAGAAGAUGAUGAUCUAAGCUUUACCAUAGACGGAAAUUACCUUGAUAAUGAUGACAAUGUUGAUGUUGAGGAUGAUGAUGAUGAUUUCCACCUUUAUGUUGAUGACAAUGAUGAUGAUGAUAAUGAUAAUAGCCUCAGUCAAAGUAAAAAGCGUGAUGGUAAAAUUAAAAUAACUAGUGGCUUUUCUUUUGAAGAAAAAAAACGUGUAGUCAAAUUGGCAACAGAAAAUCCAACUUGGUCAUUAGACUUGCUGAGAGAACAAAGUGGAUGUAAAAAUAUUAGACUGCGCAAGCAAGUUGAAAAAUGGAAAAAACAUGUUCAACAAGGAGGUACUAAUCGUGAAAAAAUGAAUCGUUUAUGUAAUGUGCCAUAA